CUAUUUUUUGUUCCACUCCUCUUCCUUUUUUUUUUAAUCAUUUCCCACCACUUGGAAGUCCACUCGUCUUUCUCGUCAGUCUUUUUAUUCCCUUGUUCACACUACUCAAGUGUCCUGCUUGUCCUGCAUGCACUUGUCCUCGUCCUCCUCUACCAGUCCGCACACACUGCCUAUCUCGCUUCUAUCUCUUCAAGACUCCUCCGCCUCAGAUCCAGCCCUUUCCUCUUCCUUCCACUCUUCUCCGCAGACAGGAUGUAGCCGCUUGCUUCCCGAAGAAUGUCUCCAGGAGAUCUUUGUCUAUCUCGCUAGAGAUCUCUCAGCGCUCUAUUCCUUACUUCUCGUCUCAAAGACCUUCUUCCGCAUUGCUAUGCCGCUCCUCUAUGCGAGCCCGUUCGAUCUGCUAGAGUCCAACCAAGCAUGGUCCUCUCAGGAGCGCACAAAACGACAUGCCUCAUUGCUCUAUCUCCUCUUAAACUGCUGCUCAACCGGCCCCAACGAUCGCGAGCUCCUCCCGAACGAGCCACCAGUGAGCCAUCAUCCCUUCUGGGUGGAUCUGCCGCCGGUCUGCACUGCUUUUGAAGCUGCCCAUGAAUCCCUCAAAAGGCCCUUGGUUGACUACCUCUCAGCGUACCAUCACCACUUUUUGUGCAUGAACCUCUCAAGCACUUUUCGCAUCCUGUUCCCGAACAUCCAGCGGUACUCACCACCGUCACUGGUCCCACCAUCACUCUUGUCUACCAAUGUGAAACAUGAAGAAUACAGGCAACAAAGGCAACAAACACUCACAAACACGACUAUCACCAUGUUUACGCGCAACGAGAUCGAGCGGAAACUAUUACUCCAUCGGCCAGAGUGUAUCCGGACCAUCUCCCUACCGAUUCAGCGUUUGGUCGCAUUCCAGUCGAUCGGCUCAAAGCUCUCAGGCCUCGUCCGGUUCGAACUCUAUGGAAUCAGCUGGCACUUCAAUCUCGAUCCAGCAAUCGAAUUCUUGCAGGAACACUCUCGGCUCUUUGGCACGAUCCGCGAGCUCAAAAUGGCGGGACCUAAUGAUGUAAGAGUUAUGCAGAAACCGACUCUGCAUAAGAUCAUCAAAUUGAUCAAGCAUCCCAAAGUAAUCGAUCUCUCGAGAUACAAGGAGGCAACCAGGGACCUCAACACCUUCGAAUUUCAAGACAUCAGCAGUUUGGAGCAAUUGUUGUUUGAUCUCGAUUUCGUUCCGGCGCCGCAGUCGCCUGCUCCAGCGCACCAGAACACCGAUGCUACCCAGACCCAGACACUAUCCUUCGUAGGAACGACUGCGGCGCCGCCCCGAAUUUCAGACGCAGGGUUGGUGACACAAAACGAUCGUGCACUUGACCUAAUCAGACGCUGCGCCAAUCUGAGGACCCUUCACAUCGGAGUCCAGAACUCAACUGCAUUCUCAUGGGCUGUGGACCGCUACAACGCCGAUCCCUCGUCACUGCAAUCGAUCAAGGUCCUGCACUUGUCAUCUCACCGACCUACGACGGCCAAGCAGUUGGUCCAAGACUGCGCCUAUGCCUUCCGAGACUCUCUCGAGGACCUGAAGGGCGUUGCUCUUAAGCUGUCUGCUGUGGUUCCCUCGCCCUCAGAAACCUGGUUUGGUUGGUCUUGGACUCUGGGCCGAUUGACGACUCUGAGCCUGAAAGGCGAGCUGGCCGUUUGGUUCGACAUGGAAUCACUGGCCUACUGUCCGAAACUGACGGAGCUGAACCUGACUCUGCAUCCGUACUCGCCUCCGCGGGUGGAUCAUUUGGAGAAGGUGGUCAUGGCCCCGCAUUUAAAAGUACUCUCAUUGGUCGGGAGAUGGAUUUUGACGGAUAGGGUCAUGGAUAAACUGGGAGGAGGUUUGGAACAAUUGCAGAGAUUGGUAGUGGAUAAGUGCGAUUCGGACGCAUUGACAGUCGAUGGAUUUAUACGUGGAUUGGACAAGAUGAGGGCUCUGAGAGUCGUGGAGAUAGAACUUGGUGAGCGCACGGAGGAAGUUAUACGGGAAUGUCGAGCAACACAGACAGGACUAGGCAUCCAUGUGCGACUGAACGAUCUUUUGUCUGGUUAAGUAAAGAGUGCAACUCUCAAUCACUGACAAGCAUGGGAAGGGCCGAAAAGCUGAUAGCGAUAAGACAGCUUUGAAUAAAACAAUGUAGGAUCCUCAUUUUUGAUCGUUACCGUUGCGACUGGUGCUCGCAACUGGUUCUCGCGACUGGAUACAACAUCCUCAUCCUGUCUGUCCAUUUUCACCUCG